AUGUCAACCCAACGCCUUGUUCGCUUCGUCUCGAAAGAUGACGGCAAGACUUACUACGGUGCUGCAGACGAGGCCCUCCAAUUUGCUAAUCCUCUGGAGACGGGAAGCCCAUUCUCACCUACGACUCAAACUAUCGACAAACAGCACGGUAUUCAAAGGCUCUUAUGUCCCGUUGACAUCAACCAUGCUCGCUCUGUUGUUUGCAUCGGGUUGAACUACACGGAUCAUGCUGAAGAGGCCAAAAUGCCCAUUCCAAAGGUCCCCGUCGUUUUCUUCAAGCCAGUGACGGCACUUACGGGCCCACACGACGAUCUUGUCCUCCCCCGAGCCUCUUGGGAGAAGGGAAGACUAGAUUACGAAUCAGAACUGGUAAUCGUGAUUGGCAAGAGGGCCGCUCGCGUCUCCGAGGACGAUGCAUUGGACUACGUCUUUGGUUAUACAGUCGGCAACGAUGUUUCAAAUAGGGCAUGGCAGCUUGAAACUCACUUGGGCGGAGGCCAAUGGUGCUACUCGAAAUGCUUCGACUCUACCGCGCCUAUCGGGCCAGCCAUCGUGUCAAAAGAUAUCCUCGGGUCUGCAGUCGGCCUUGGAAUUAGGGGUACCUUCAACGAUACCCAAGUGCAAGACGGUAGCACCAACAACAUGAUCUUCUCAGUAGCUGAGAUUGUGUCUUUCUUAAGUCAGGGUAUGACUCUGCUCCCUGGAACACUUAUCUUCACUGGAACUCCUGCUGGUGUUGGUUUUGGCAGGAAACCUCAGAUUAGUAUGAAGGAAGGCGAUAUUACCAAGGUUGAGAUAGAUGGCAUUGGUGCUAUCUCUAACAAAGUUGUAUAUGAACAGUAA